AUCUGAGCGCUGAGUUUGUUCUCGCUGCUGCUUUCAUGUGGAGCGCUGCACAGUCAGGCAGCUUCUCCUGCGAUCCGCGGACGUGUGGAGUGACACCAGAGCUCAACCAGCUUCUGGACCCGGUUGUGAUCUUGAUUUGGACCCACUCGUUCUCAGCUAGCGGAUGCUAGUUGCAGAAGUGGCUUAGCACAAUGGUCCAGAUAAUUCACAACUCCAUCUCUCUUGUAAUUACUGUACAGCUCCUAUGUCUGGUCUGUCUUGCUCAGAUUCCUGCAAGCGCUGAAGAGGAGAGCAGGGAAUGCAGAGAGCAGGAGUACAAGGACCAGUUUGGGAAUUGUAAACCCUGCAAGCAAUGCGAUGCCGGACAGGAGCUAUCAAAGGAAUGCGGCUUUGGUUAUGGAGAAGAUGCCCGGUGCGUGCCGUGCAGGACCAGUCGCUUCAAGGAAGACCAGAGUGUCCAGAAAUGUAAGCCUUGUCUGGACUGUGGACUCCUCAAUCGCUUCCAGAAGAGCAACUGUUCCACUACCAAUAAUGCUGUGUGUGGAGAGUGCCUACCCGGAUAUUACAGAAAGACAAAAUUAAGUGGCUUCCAAGACAUGGAGUGCAUACCCUGCGGAGACCCUCCGCCUCAGUAUGAGCCUCAAUGCAGCAGUCGAGUAAACCUGGUGCCUGUGCCCUCGGUGGUGACCAGUCCUCGUGACAUGGCCCUGGCUGCGGUCAUCUGCAGUGCUCUGGCUACAGUGCUGCUGGCCCUACUUGUCCUCUGCGUCAUCUACUGUAAGAGGCAGCUGCUGGAGAAAAAGCCCAGUGUGUUGUCAUCUGUGCACCUUGUUGAACCAGCGGCAUCUCUGAGGUCCGAGGACUGUCAGUACGGCGGGGCCGAGAUGUCCUGCUUGGACCCGUGUUGGCUUCAAGACUUUCCCCAGGGAGCCUGCUGCCAGUGUCACCUUGACCUCGGACACACAUGUGGUCCGGUCCACAUGAUCCCAUCAUUAUGCUGUGAGGAGAAGUGCAGUCUGGACAACGCACGCUUUUGCUCUCACACAAGCCUCAACGACAGAAAUUCUGAGCCAGACGACGAUCUGGCAGGACACGCUCAGACCGCGUCUGCAGAGGCCGUCCCGGAGGGUUUCCGGAAUAUAGAAGCUUCUGAAGAUGGCGACGAAGGAGCGGAGGAAGGGCGCGGCCCCAGGCAGAGUUCCGCUGAGAGAAGACCAAGCGAGGAGCCGCCGUCAACCAGGGAGGGAUGACACACAUUGCUUUGGCUUCCAACAGCCCGGACUCACCAACAACAGAGGCGGCGGACAGAUCUCCUUUCACACGACUCGCCUCCGCUCACCACUCCCUCCCCCUUGCUCCCAUUUGAUGCACUCUCUGGUGAGGUCGAAGGCCGCAGACAACCUCCGAGCCCAAACAAAGUACAAUCAAAAGUGGCCGUAGGUGAAAGUGAAUGAAGUUCAAACAGAGGACGAUUGGCUUGAUCAUGUCAUGUCAGGCAUUGAGCGUUUUUAGUCGUGACAUGAACGAAAAUCACACUGAAGACAAUCUUGAGUACAUGCGUUCAAGUGACUUGUGGAUAAUGUAAAAUAGUAAAUAGCUGCGUAUUUUUGUAACAGACAUGACUGAAUGUGUGCGGCAUUUAUAGUGCUGAUGAUCCAUGUAUUUGUUUUACACCUUUGUAAAUAAAACACUUGAACAGACAAA